UGUUCCCCGUCGGAAGCUCCACCGCCGCCCCGCGCAGAUCAACGUGUUGCUGUCCCCGACACCUCAAGCUCCACCGCCACCCCUUCGCCGCAAGCUCUACCGCCGCUGCCCCCUUCUCCACCGCGCCGCCACCGGCAAACAUUAAAAAAGUAGGACCAGUUGGAUCUCUCGAGUCUCAUAAAGAAGAGGUGCUUGUGCUUGUUGGUUCAUCAAACAGCUCCAUCAAAGUGGUAGGGCUUGGGGGAGAGGCCAAAGGUAUGGGUUUUUUUUUCAGCUUUACAUUUUUUUCUUACUGGAAUUCGUUGGUAUGCAUUCAAUGGUUUUCAAGGUUGAUACGAUAGUGCAUUACUGUUCUGAAACGAGAAGCUUAUCCUGUGCAUCUUCAGUGAUUUGUGAGUAUUUCAUCCUAGAAGACUGCAUAUUCGCAUUACAUUAGUUUCCAAAUUUCUGAAGUUUUAUGUUAUCCUGUUGAUACUGGUUGCCUGAGUAAGGAGAUGGAUGCAGAUUGUUAUGUUCAUAAUAUAUAUUACAGACUGUAUAUGGCUGCAGAUGAAAUUAUGUAUUUGUGUUCAAAUGCCAAUGUCGGGUAAAAUCUGAAUGCAGAUUUUUUUUCCUAUAUACCUUAGUUUGGUGGCUCAGAUGGUAAGAUUUACAAAUAUGAUUGGAUUAAAUUAUUUAAAGAAACCUAAGAAGUGUCAGCGUUGCUACUUAUAAUAGAUUUCAUUCAUGUCGUAUGGUGGACUUGAUUUUGUAAUUUGAACCAUUAAAAAGGAACCUCCUUUUACUGUGGGUGCGGCGGGCCUGUCAGCGGGGUGCUGUUGGCGAUGGCGGGGUGGGUGUGGGCCGCCGCUUUGACCUCACACGGCAUGGUGCAUGCUGAUGUAGCCCUGGGUCACCCUCUGCGUGAUGAUUCUAGGUUUCGUGUUACUAAACUUGAGAUGUUAUCCACCUUCAGAUUCCUCUCUUGCUUUGUCACCCGAUCUCAUCCAGGCAAUGACUACUAAAAGAUUGGAAGGCAAUUGCAUCUUUUGGGAUCCUUAUUUUGUAGGAGAAUAAUCAGGAUGUUUAUAUUCUGCUUCUUUGCUUAUUCAUCGAACUGAAUGUCAGUAAUUUAAUUUAACAGAUUUUUAGUUCGUCGAAUGCUUUAGUUUUUGUUACAAAUUAGAGGAUGUGUUUCAAUAUAUAGAUUUUGCAGAAGUACCCAAUCCCACACAGGUUCAGUGGUGACCCAAGGCUGAUUUGAAACUUUGCGCUUUAACUUAUGUCCAAGUGGGUUCCUUUUUUGUGAGCAGAUAUGUCUUAUUUGGAAAAAAAAAUGGCAUUGUUUUUCCAGAGUUUGGGUGUGCUUAUGAGGUAGCAAGGUAAAUCGUGCAUAAUUGUUUAUUCUUAGUAUCUUCUAUGAUGCAAUUUAAGUACACGAGGUUGCUUUGAUUUUAAAUGAAUCUUGCUAGAAUUUUUAUUAAAAAAAUAUCAUUCAUAUAUAUUGCAUAAUAAAGAGAAACCAUUUGUAAGUUGUAACGAAAUCAUUUGUCAUAUUAGAAACUAUUUUAACAAAAAGGUGACAUUUUGCAUAAAUAUAAACGUUGUGCUUAGAACAAUUAAUUAGCAUCCUUAUGCAACGAUCUACUACAUUAUUAUGAUGUGCUCCGGAAUAAAUAUAUAGAGUAAAAUAACAGUAAUUUUAAUUCAAGAUAUGCUCUACACAACAAAAAUUUGUCUUUUUUUAUCGGGUAUAAGUUUGUAAUAAUCUAUAACUGUUCUUAUUAUCUGCCCCUACAAGCAUUUGCUAUUUUAAAAAUCUUUUUGCUUAUAUGUGAUCCGACUUAAAAAAAAAAUCUUGCCAUGGUUUGCCAUGUUUUUAUUUCUACGUUGACCAGUACAUACUUUUUGACAGGUGAGCUUAUUAAUAUUUGAGAUGAUGAAUAUCACAGAAUUUGUUGUAAAUACUGGUUGGAGCUAGAGGUGAUACUAUGAGUUUGCAGCUUCUAAAGAGUCAGGAUUUUUGUAUUUGAUUGUUAACCUGGAAGACCACAAAUGUUUAGUCAUGCUAUAUAUUGAUAUGAUUGUUUUAAUCUUCAAUAGGCUGAUCAUCAUAUAUCUUGUUAUAUCUGCACACAUGAAUUUUUUUAAAUUCUGCAAGAAAGCUAUUUUAGCUUUGUGAUGCUGAUUAUUGUUUGAUUCGCAUUAUAAAAUAUCACCGUAGCGUUAGCACGGGCCUAUUACUAGUAAAUCUUAAUUCAUCAAAUGUUUCACUUUGCAGUACUAAGAAGCCUGAGAUGGAGGACACCUCCGUCACCGACAGCCUCGCCCGCACGAGGGUCACGUGGAGCGAUGAUGACACACUUAUUUUAUAUCAGUAUUGUGUGGAAGAAGUCGAGGCUUCUGGUGAGUUGUCGGAAGAGUCUUAUCGGUUGAUCCAACAGAAGAUGUGUGAUCAGGGAGCAACCUACGGUGUCAAGAAUAUAAAACAAAAGAUCAUAAACAUCAGAAAAUUGUGGGCUAAAAUGAGAUCGAGAGAUUCUCAGGAUUACAAUUUGAGGUGUCGACAUCAUCUGGAUUUGCUUGACAGAUUAUUUGACCAGGCUGGUAGAGCUCAAUCAAGCAAGGAUGACAGUACUCAAUCAGAUGCUGAGAUAAAGACAUGCAAUCAAGUAGAUGAAGUGGAAAGUGCUGCACCUCGAGUUAAUAACCAACCUGAUGAUGGAAAAGAAAAUCAAGCGAUUAACCAAAGAGACAUUUGUUUGGACUAAGAGAUUCAGAAGUGUCUUUUUCGGAUCAAAGGCAAAGACAGUCAGUAUAGCUUUUGGCGAAACACUUCAAGGUUUCACUGAAAGGCAGCAGGCCAAAGGACCUCAUUGCCACUAGAAGUGUCCGCAACCCACAUUAAAGAGUACCACCUGUUAGAGAUAGGCCGAAAGAUGAUUGAUAAAAGAUAUUGGCAAAUAUGUUCUCUAGCAGGAAAGAUAUAGGCCCGAAAGGUGAUUGAUAACGGAUAAUUAGAAACAUGCUCUGCAUCACACAAGGAAGACUCCUGACAGUAAUCGCCCUGCAACAGUCACCUUGUCAUUGAGAGAAAAAAAAUUCGUUGACAACAUGAAGAUAAUAGUGGGAUAA